CUUUGAAUGGAAAUUGGAGGGAGAUUGCGUGAUUUUUCUCCUACUUGAUUGCGUGUGAAACUUUGAACAGAUGUCAAACUCUGAAUGCAGGUCCCAGCAUUGAAAGGGUCGUGGGUUCCCUUCAAUGAAUAAUAAAAAAAAAAACUGGUCCUACUCCUAGGAUAGUGCUUUCUCGUACGCACAACCAGCAGGUAGGCAGCUUGUGCACCCCAAAAAAACGGCAAUGGAGAAGAGCGCGCCGCCGGUGAUCAUCGUUGGGGCGGGGCCGUCGGGGCUGGCUGCGUCGGCGUGCCUGGCACGGCGCGGGGUGGAUAUCAUCGUACUCGAGCGGGAUGACUGCGUCGGCUCGCUGUGGCAGAAGCGCGCCUACGACCGUCUCCACCUGCACCUCCCCAAGCAGGCAAGCGCCCUCCCUCACCUGCCGCACGCCGACGACGCGCCGGCCUACCUUCCUCGCGACCACUUCGUCCGCUACCUCGACGCCUACGCCGACCGCUUCGCCGUGCGCGCGCGCCUCCGGCUCCGCCGCGAGGUCCGCUCCGCGCGCUUCCUGGACGGCAGGUGGGAGGUGGAGGCCAUCAACCUCGGCACCGGCGACGCGGAGCGGUACGUGGCGAGGUACCUGGUGGUGGCCACGGGGGAGUUCGAUGAGAAGGUGGUGCCCGAGGUGCCUGGGCUGGACACGUUCCCCGGCAAGGCCAUCCAUGCCGGCGAGUACCGGUCCGCCGAGGGGAUGCGGGGAAAGGAAGUGCUCGUCGUCGGCUGCGGCAACUCCGGAAUGGAGAUCGCCCUUGACCUGGCCCAGGCCGGCGCCGCCGCCUCCAUCGUCGUCCGCGGCGAGCUCCACCUCAUGACGAGGGAGAUCAUGAACGCUUCCACGGCGCUGUUCGCGUACCUGCCCGUCUGGAUGAUCGACCGGCUGGCGCUGUUCGCGUGCCGCAUCGUGUUCGGCGACACGGCCAGGCACGGCCUCCCGCGGCCUGACGUCGGGCCCUUCACCAGAAAGAUUCAGAGCAACGCCUACCCAGUCAUCGACGUAGGCACCUACGACAAGAUCAAGAGCGGCCAGAUCAAGGUGCUGCCGGCGAUGACGAGCAUCGAAGGGGACGUGGUGGAGUUCGCCGGCGGGGAGCGGCACCGCUUCGAUGCCAUCGUCUUCGCCACCGGGUACCGCAGCACGGCAAAGAAGUGGCUCAAGAGCGACGGCGGCGGGCUGAUCGGUGACGAUGGGAUGGCGUCCGGGAGAUGUCCCAAGGGGGAGAAUGGGUUGUACCGCGCUGGGCUGGCAGGGAGAGGGAUCUACGGCAGCGGCACAGACGGGGAGUUCAUCGCGGAGGACAUCAGCAGGCAGCUGCUUCAGGGCUCUGGCGAUGACGGAGGCGAUGGAGCCAUCACCGCCAACGACGGUGGCGAUGGGGUAUAGAGCUUGGAUGAAUGCAUGUGGGCGACGAGUGGUUAUGCGGGGUUAAACGGAUUUUAUUGGUCAACUGUACGCAUGCUUCUUCAGUUCA